UGUAAAAUACCACGAGUUACACGGAUUCGGUAAAAUAAUCCUAUCGUUUAUGUUAUCGCCAAAAAAUAUUUUUUCCUUAUCACUCCUACUUAAAUGGUAGAAAGAGACAAAAGUUAAUCGGCGAUAUAAAUUACCAUUCUUUAAAAAAUGGAGGGAUGGGCUUAAAAGGGUAGGUAGGAGAUAUUUUUGCCAGUGUUAUAAUAGUGCUGGUUUUGAGACCACCAAGUUUAAUAUAUUCAUUUACAAUUGAAAAAAAUUGUUUUGGUUAGACUUAUUUACGUUCAGUGUCUUAAAGAUAAAAACAAUGGAACAAACAAAGAAUCCUGGGUUAUCAGCAAACAAGUCUGCAAUUCAGAAUGUGACGAUUAGACCUCAAACUGAUCAAAUAACAACGACUACGAACCGAUUUUCUACAAGGCCCAACCAAACAUCAACCAAUCAAAAAAAGGAUGCUUUUUACUACUACAAGAAAAAGCUUAGAACCGAAAUCGUGAAAGCAACAGAAAAAAUUGAUGAACUAACGAAGCUGGAACUCAGAGCAAGUACAAGUUUCUUGGAGGCAAAGAAACCUAUGUUUAGUUGUUGGGAACAACAACAUCCGUUGAAUUUUCUGGAAAUUUUAAAUAUUCACUUGAAAAACAUACCAAAAGAAGACCAUUUAGAUACAGCAUUUGAAUGCUUAGAAGGUUUCGCAAAAGACUGGGCUGGGGCAAAUAAGAGCUACUGGUCUAAUAUAGAUGAAUUUAAAAAAUCCUUUAUCAUUAAAUUCUGGGGUAAAUCGGCGCAAAAUUCAUUGCGGAGAAAAAUCGUUAGUGGUUGUUAUAGUGAUGAAGACGAAUCUAUGUCUAAAUAUUUCAUAAACCUGAUAUCUCAAGCAAGAUGGCUACCUAAUAAAAUUCCGGAUGAAGAGCUUAUAGCAGAUAUAAUGAAUCAUUUUACUAAACAAGUUUACAUUGGAUGGCACGCAAGUAAAAAGAGUACGGUUUUAGAAGCAGUGGAGUAUUUAAGGAAACUGGAUGAAAUAGAAAUGUUGUCAGAUUUGAAGGAAAAUUCGCAGAGAAGAAAUAUAAACUGCAAGUAUCGAUUGCGUAUAAGAGAGAACGUGUCAGAUGGUAAUAAAACUUCAAGUGGUGAUUUAGUUAAUUAUCAACAUGCAAAUAAGAAAAUGAAACGUGAUUUGUAAAAUUAUGUCACUGAUGCAUAUUGCUAUGCUAGUACCGAUAUAAGUUGUGAUGUGUUUAUGUUGUCUUUUUUCUUCGAUUCAUUUAAUGUUGAUAUUUGGGUCUAAGUUUAUAGAAUUAAUGUGAAUUUACUUUUAUACCGUGACAUAAAUUUGUUAAGAUAAAUCGAAGCAUGAUUGGUUUGUAUAGCACACUUUUUCGAUGAGGUUAUGUAACUAAGUAAUAAAUAAAAAUAUUUCAUUGAAUAA